AUGUCAGCCAACCCCCACAAAGGGUCCUCACCUAGGUUAAAACCUCCUACCAUAGGUGCAACAGCCCAAAAACAAAAAAAAAAUAUUACUAUCAAACCUCCAAGUAAGCCUUCCAAAAUUAUUACAACACCAACUAAACUCAACAAUCAAAUCGCAAAACAACAAUCCAGUCCGGGUACAUCAUUAGCGAGCGAUAACGCGGCUGCUAAUCACAGUACCUCCGCCGCACUAUCUACAUUGCAUAAUGCCUCUAUCGCUAACGAUCCCAUUAGUAAUAUCGAUAAAAACUUCACCGUAUUCAAUUAUCCAUCGACACCGUCGUCUCCAAUUAACAUUGGCAACAUAAAUAUUCCACAACACAAUAAUACUGGUAUCACAUUUGCAACAAUCGCCGCAAAUGACAAAACACCGUCGAGAGACCAGGCGAUAGUCUUCAACUCUAUUGACGGCAUCCCACAAAAAGAUUAUGUAUUAGCAGUUGGCAAAAUUGUCUCUCCUAAAAAUAUCACAUUUGUGUCUAGAAUUUCCAACAACCGGUUCUGCAAUGGAGAAAUUGUGCUAUGUUACCUGGAAUUCGAACAAGAAAGUAGUCCAAAGCAACAUAGCACAAUUUCUCCUUGA